UAAUAUAAAUAGAGUAGAGUUUAUUUAGCACAGACACAUCUCAAACCUGCAUUAUGUUUUCCAGCGAUGCCGGCCUUUGCAUAUAUAACACAAGAACUGGAAUAUGCAAAAUUCGCCUGAACAAACCUCUCCUUGAGUUACGGGCAAGGAAAGAUACAGUGCAAGUAAGUCUUCUCUUUGUCUCUAUUUGUACUAACUGAUAACAGCCAAACUGGCCAUGUACUUGUGCUGCUGGGAAACUAUGGUGGCCCCUUAGGGAUACAGCAUGGGCUGAUACAAUAACCCCUAGAGAUAGCAGAAGAGUGGAAAUCUUUUAUACUGAGUCUGAAUUGAUCAAAUAACUCUUCACUAUUUCCCUCUCGCCAGUUGGGCUCUCUGCAUGCAGGAGUCAGAGGUGGGAAUUGUGACAGUUAGCUCUAAUCCAGCAUUGGUCUGUGCCAGGCCCGGACUGGCAAUCUGUGUAUUCUGGGAAAUGCCAGAGGGGCUGCUGUAAGAUGCCAUAGACAGUCACUAUUUAUUGGCUUGGUGGAGCUUUUGGGCUUCUGUGUGAAAUGCUAGGGCCUAUUUUGAAUCCCAGUCCAGGCCUGGUCUGUGCCCCUUUGCCUAGAUGGUGUAUCUGAGCUAAUUGGCACUGACAUCUCCUGCUAUAAUAGUCACAAGCAGUUAAAAGGAGACAGGGAACUAAUCUUUUAUCUUGGGUCCAAAUGGAACGCCAGAUAUAGUUUGGGCCCUAUUAAUAAACCCUGUUUUAAAUUGUCAGACUGUUGUGGCAUCUGGUUGGUACAGCAGCCCCAGGGCACGAGUAAGUGGCUAGAUAAGAGCUUUAUUACUCAUUCCCUUUUGCCCUCACCUGAUGCCACAAAAUGGUUUAUUAGAAGACUGUAUUUAGAUUUGUUUGCUUAUGGAAUAAAAUAGAUGUGUGCAUGUAAUAUCUAUGGAAAGACAUGGGUUUGCCUGCAAAGAUGUGAUGCAUUUUCUAUACAUGAAGGCAGAACAAGUAACAUUGGGGCUGUUUCUCACCCUACAGACUCUCCUGCAUGAAAUGAUCCACUACUACCAGCGACUCAGAGGAACGCAUGACCUUGAGCAUGGCGCAACCUUUCAGUAUCACAUGAAGCGAAUCAAUAGAGAAAGUGGCGCAAAUAUUACAAUCUAUCACGAUUUCAUUCAGGAAUACGAGUCACUGAAGCGCCACUGGUGGAAAUGCAAUGGCCCCUGUCAACAAGUCGUGAAGCGGCUUACGGACAGGACUCCGGGCUCCAAGGCGCACAAGCGCAAAUGCGGAGGAGACUUUAUAAAGAUCCAAGAACCAGAGAACAAGAGAAUGAGAACUGACCCAUAGAAUCACUUAACUGAAAACUGACAGGUUCUCUUUAAGAAAUAUUCUAGAGACUUUCUCCUUGGCUAAUAACAGUUUUGCCAGGAAAUAAGGCCAUGGUAUAAGAAUGCCCAGCACUGAGUUUAUGGAAAAUGAGAUGCUGCUAUCCAGAUAGGCAAUGUGGGAGGCUAUUGCCAUGGACCGAACAGAAAUGGUGCCAAGAAAAUGCCAAUGAGCAGCCAUAAGAUUAGCAUUGCCUACGUUAUAUAAGGCACGGGCACAGCGGCAGCAAGAGAAACAAACCGUACUGCUGAACUGGCCAGUAGAAGGGAUACAAGUUGGAUACUGGGACUGUUCCAAUGGAUACAGAAAUCACACAAAGAGUCACACAGAGCCAAACCAAGGAACAGACACAACUGAAUGGAAUCCCUGAUGCCCUUUCAUACAAGUCAUGUGCCAGUUGAAGCGCUGCUGCUGGAAAUACAAUGGGCCCUGGGCACAAGUAGCGGGCAGGCCUGCUCACAUACAAACAAGAGGAACCAAGAGGAACUGAGUAGAAAUGUUAUAAAUAUCCAGGAACCUCACAGGAGACCUUCAAACAAGAGACUUGAGAGUUGACCUACAGAAAGACUUCACAGAGACGUUCCUCUUGGCUAUGGCACUGUUACGUAUCCAGAAAACUUACUUUCCAGGCAUGCGCAGUUGGAGCUAGUCUGGGAUUAGUGCCGACUGCCAAUGUGCCAGAAGGCUCCAUCUGUCUGUGAAGGGAAAGAAGAGGAUCUGCGCCAGAAGGCUCCAUCCGUCUGCGAAGGGAAAGAAGAGGAUCUGCGCCAGAAGGCUCCAUCCGUCUGCGAAGGGAAAGAAGAGGAUCUGCGCCAGAAGGCUCCAUCCGUCUGCGAAGGGAAAGAAGAGGAUCUGCGCCAGAAGGCUCCAUCCGUCUGCGAAGGGAAAGAAGAGGAUCUGCGCCAGAAGGCUCCAUCCGUCUGCGAAGGGAAAGAAGAGGAUCUGCGCCAGAAGGCUCCAUCCGUCUGCGAAGGGAAAGAAGAGGAUCUGAAGAUCCAGAUUGCCUGUGGGGGGUUUAGUUCCCCUUUAAUGUAAAUAAUAUGUUACAAUUUUGUAUAUUCUUUUGUGCAAUGUUUAACUUUCAAUAAAAAAAUCAUACUAAA